CCCAAUACGAUUACCGAUACAGGUGCUCGGUUGGUUCGUACGAUCCGAUCGGACGGUUCGAGCCGAUGAAGAACACAGCGGUCAGCUCCGGCGUCAGCGUCCCAAUCCGACACGUAACCUCUACGCAAUUUUUUGAAACUGCUCUAUCGCUCUCUUCCUACUGACUUUCCUUUUCUUAUAUAAAUCCACUCCUCUCCCUCCCUUCUAUCUGUGAUCCGUUUUCCGUCCGUUCCCCGAACCAAUAACCGCAGAAAUAUUCAUCCAGAUAUGGAAUCCGCGACGGAAGGCAUUUCCAAGCUCGGCAUCAAUGGCGAUUUCGCGUCCUCCGUCCCUAAUCUGCACAAGAACCUCUCGCUUCUGUCACCUGACCAGAUUGAGUUGGCGAAAAUGCUUGUGGAGAUGGGACAGAGUCAUUUGUUCAGCCACUGGCCGGAGUCAGGGGUGGACGAUGGCGAGAAAAAAGCAUUCUUCGAUCAGGUGGCGCGGCUGAAUUCAAGCUAUCCGGGAGGUCUAGCAUCUUAUAUCAAAACAGCCAGGGGACUCUUGGCUGACUCCAAAACGGGGAAGAACCCUUUCGAUGGGUUUACACCUUCAGUUCCAACAGGAGAGAACCUGAGCUAUGGUGACGAAACAUUUAUGAAAUUUGAGGAGGCAGGUGUGAAGGAAGCUCAGAAUGCAGCAUUUGUGCUUGUUGCUGGCGGGCUUGGGGAGCGCCUUGGUUACAAUGGUAUUAAGGUGGCUCUUCCACGAGAGACUACAACAGGAGCUUGUUUCUUACAGCACUACAUUGAAAACGUUCUCGCCCUUCAGGAAGCUAGCUGUAAAGUCACUGGAGGUCAAUCUAAAAGGGACAUUCCGUUUGCGAUCAUGACAUCAGAUGACACACAUGCACGUACAAUGCAGCUUUUGGAAUCUAACUCAUACUUUGGGAUGAAACCUGCUCAGAUAAAACUUCUUAAACAGGAGAAAGUUGCAUGCUUAGAAGAUAAUGAUGCUAGGCUUGCUUUGGAUCCUCAAAACAAGUUCAGAAUUCAGACAAAACCUCACGGUCAUGGUGAUGUUCAUGCGCUUCUUUACUCAAGUGGGGUACUUGAAGAAUGGUAUUGCUUAUUGCUUCUGCCAUUUCUGAAUUCGUUUGUUCCAUUCUUGCUCUUCCUUGGUUUAUUUGUUUGCCCUUUGUUUGAUGCCUAUCAUGCAGCGUGUUGGUGUGAGGUGGGUUCUAUUCUUUCAAGACACCAAUGGACUUCUCUUCAAGGCAAUUCCAGCUUCAUUGGGAGUCAGUGCCACGAAAGGUAUCAUGUUAACUCGCUUUCUGUUCCUCGCAAAGCUAAAGAAGCUAUUGGAGGAAUCGCUAAGCUUACUCAUACAGACGGAAGGUCAAUGGUGAUCAAUGUAGAGUACAAUCAACUUGACCCAUUGCUGAGAGCAACUGGGAAUCCUGAUGGAGAUGUUAACUGUGAAACUGGCUAUUCUCCUUUUCCAGGAAACAUCAACCAGUUGAUUAUGGAACUUGGUCCGUACCUUGAGGAGCUGAAGAAAACUGGAGGAGCUAUAAAGGAGUUCGUUAAUCCAAAAUACAAAGAUGCCAGUAAAACUGCCUUUAAGUCAUCCACCCGUCUGGAGUGCAUGAUGCAGGAUUAUCCAAAAACCUUACCUUCAUCAGCAAGGGUUGGAUUUACAGUUAUGGAUGCAUGGGUUGCUUAUGCUCCAGUUAAGAAUAACCCUGAGGAUGCUGCCAAGGUGAGUCUGAUGUUUUCUGAGUAAAAUUUUAUUCUAUUGAUGUUUGAGGAAAUUAGACACUGUUAGGAGUUUGGUAGGUUUAGGUCUCAAAUGAUAUAUGGAAGGAAGAAAGGAAGUGGCUGUCUCCUGCCAUUCAAAUAGUAUAGAAGUUAGGCUUAUUUGUGCUUGUUUCCCACUUCGAUGGACAACUAACUUCAUCCACUUGAUCCCUUAUUUUAAAAGAUGGAUUUACAUUCAAAUUUCAUGGUUUCUGUUUCUGUUGAUUUCUGCCUGUCUUCUAAAUCCAAUCUUCGUUUCCUCCAUUGGAAUAUAAUUUUUGCUCUUAAUAAAAGGUUAUUUAAUGAAGGUACCCAAAGGCAAUCCAUAUCACAGUGCAACCUCUGGAGAAAUGGCAGUCUAUCGUGCAAACAGCCUCAUUCUCAGAAAGGCUGGCGUGCAAGUAGAAGAUCCAGUGAAGCAGGAAUUCAACGGGCAAGAGGUGGAAGUGUGGCCUCGUGUUGUAUGGAAGCCAAAGUGGGGUCUAACAUAUGCAGACGUCAAGAAGAAAGUUACUGGAAGUUCCUCCAUUUCCCAAAAGUCUACCUUAGCCCUUAAAGGUCGUAAUAUACUCAUGAAAAUCUCUCGUUAGAUGGAGCUGUUGUGGUCGAGUCACAUGAUGAAGCUGAGGUGAAAGUAGGGGGUUCGGUCAAGAACAAGGGUUGGGCCAUCGAGAAAGUGGACUACAAGGAUACCUCAGCACCUGAGGAGUUGAGAAUCAGAGGGUUCAGAUUCCAGAAAGCGAGCAGCUCGAAAAACAGUACUCCAAACCUGGGAAAUUCGAGUUGAAAGCUUGAGCACUUAAAUCACUGAAUGCAAGAACAACAACGAAGAGGAGAUUUCUUCAGGUUGGACGUGUUCUGCUUCCCUCUUUUAGAUGCAUUUUGGCAUUCUAUCAUUGUGGCAAUGCACAAAUAAAAGUAGAGAUAUUGUUUUUUUUUUUUUAAAAAGAAAGUAAAUAGGCUGUCAAAAGUGAUGGUUGGCCACAUCGUACAGGAAAUUCUUGUGUGAUUAUCUUCAAUUAUUUCUUCAGGAAAGAAGGGGUAAAAAAGUGUCAUCGCGUUUACUUCUUUUCAGAAUACGAAGAUGUUUCUUUUAAGUUUGCAACGUUUCUGCAGCCUGCAGGUUUAUCAUUUUUCUGCGACGUCUCUUUUCAUAUAUAAUAAUCUCUGUAGGUUCGUAGUUUCCACAUACAUUCAACGAUUAAAUAACGGGAUGACAUCAGUCCUUGCUGAUGCCUAUCUCAUCAACUUACUGCUAUGACGUUGAAGAAUUAUUGAUAUGGUUAGAAUAGUUGUAUGAUUCUCCAAUGCAACACGUGGACAGCCUCCAAUCAUAUUUUCCGGUUGUGGACGGCAAACUGGUGUCACAGUCGUCUUUAGUUAUUUGCAGCAUUAGUUAGUGAACUAGAAUUGGUCUCCCUCUGCCUUACUAUUUUGACAUAGGAGGACUUGGUUUUGGUUGAACGCAAGGCAAACUGUGUAGAAUUAUUGUGUGGCAACCGUCGAUCGAGCAACCGUAAUGUCAACUGUUUUGUUUGUUUGGUUUUUUUUUAUUAUUGUUGCUUUUAAUGGUUGUUGUAUUAAUAUUUGAUUCAUCAUUUUGUUUCGAUACAAAGAAGCAAAAUUAGGGCAGCGAAGUGUGGACUGGGACCAACUCUAACGUACCGUCACCAUUUGGUUUGUUGUUGGUUGGGAUUUGGGGAGAAUUGCUAAGAGCGAAAGAAAGGCUACGUUUUGCACCACCUAGCAUUGCCGAACAAACAUAGAGCACUUCUUUUUCUUGCCGGGCUGCCGGCUGCAUCAUAUAGCUGACGAUGCAGAUGUUGAACAGGUAGUCGAUCUUUAUUGCAGCUGUUUGGAUGCGAAGGUGUGUUCUUGUAUUCUGCAGCAAUCGAUGUUCAGAAACAUUGCGCUCUCAAGUCCCACAUCUGUUGACGAACAAGAGUUUGGUUCGAUUCUUUUAGUAGCAUGACAAUUUUUGUUUUUUUUUUUUAAUGUAACCCUCAUAAGAAAUUAAAAAGAAAAUCCGGCAUCUGCUGAUUGCAGCCUGCCAGUGCUGAACAGAAAUGGUCCUCCUGUUCGUUCUGCAUGCUUACUCAGUCCAGGACUUUGAAUAGAGUUGCUUUUAUUUUGUGUCUUUGGAAUGAAUGCAAAGGUCGCUGGAAUUUAUGA